AUGGCACAGUUUGAGGCAUUUUAUGGAAGGAACUGUAGAACUCCUUUGUGUCAGACAGAAUUAGAUGAAAGGCAAGUUGUUGGACCGGAUUUAGUUCGUGAGAUCGAAGCAAUGGUAAAGUUGAUUUGUGAUCGUUUGAAAGCCACGUCUGAUAGGAAAAAAUCUUCUAUUGAUAUGAAACAUCGAGAUAUCAAGUUUCGAGUUGGCGAUAAGGUGUUCAUGAAGGUUUCACUUAGAAGAAGGUUUUUAGAUUUGUCACAUGUUGUGCCAGUGGAGGAGAUUGAAGUUCGAACUGAUCUCACCUAUGAAGAAGAACUGGUUGAGAUUUUAGCCCGUAAGGAGAAGGUUUUGAGAAAUAAGUGA